UUUCUGUGUUACACAGGAAGCACCACGGAUCUAAUUUGAUGGGACGCACGCUCCUCUUCCGGUCUCUUUUCCCUUAGCCACCGGACCAAAAUGACGAAGGGAACUUCAUCUUUCGGUAAGCGCCGGAACAAGACGCACACCCUGUGCCGUCGUUGUGGGUCCAAGGCCUACCACCUGCAGAAGUCCUCCUGUGGCAAGUGUGGCUACCCCGAGAAGCGCAAGAGAAAGUACAACUGGAGCGCUAAGGCCAAGAGGAGGAACACCACUGGUACCGGCCGUCUGAGACACCUGAAGGUCGUCUACCGCAGAUUCAGGAAUGGUUUCCGGGAAGGCACCACCCCCAAACCCAGACGUGCUGCAGUGGCCGCCUCCAGCUCAUCCUAAAAGACACAUUUUUGGUUAAUAAAUGUGAUGUUAUAAAGGAGUUUCAGUCUUGUCUCUUGAUCUUUAUAAGCCGUAUUGUCUGGUCAGUGAUGGCUAAAGACAGAGGAUAUAAUUGAUGUCAGAUUAAAUAUACACAGGGUGUUUAGACUUUAUUCCCCUUUUUGAUUCAUGAAGUCAUUUGUGCAAAUCUCUAGUAAAUGAGUUUCAGAUGUUGUGAACAGAAACCUGAAAUAAAGGGUGUUUUCAGAAACAUGAA